UGGGCAGAGGAGGGCGGCGCGUGGAGGGAGGUGAGCCGAGCUGAGCCGGGAGGCGAGGAGGGGGAACCGCGAGGAGGCCCCGCCCCCGCCUCGCGGAGCCGGCUCUCCGCCGCCUCCGAACCCGCUCACUUUGCCUCUCGCCUCUGGACGGCGGCGGGGCGGUUGCCGGAACCGCGGCCAGAGGGAGCGCCGGGGACCGUGAGCCAUCCCGCACCGGUGCCUCCGCCCGCCGCCCGCGCCCCUCACGGGGGGCACAGCGCCGCCGCUUUGAAAGGACACCCCGGCCUCGCAGGGGGGCACCCCCCCCUCCCAGGCGCUGACAGUCUCAUUCCCAGCCAACGGGGCGCAGCGCUGACGCCUGAGGGGACUCCCCGGCCACCUGCAGGUACCGCCGCGCCGAGGGAGCGUCGCUAGCAGCAACGCCUGGCCGCGGAGGAGGCUAGAGCCGAGGGGUCUCCGGGUCGGCGAAGGGCAGGAGCGGAGCCCGCAGCGAGAGCCGGCCGGCCAGCCCGCGGGCCCCGACGGCGCGCUCCCCCGUCGGCCAACGGCAGGCAGGCCCUGCGCGGCGACCGGGGGGGCGGAGGCGGCGGCGGCCUCGGGCCUCGGGGCCUCGGGGCGGCCAGCCAUGACCUUCGGGCGCAGCGGGGCGGCCUCGGUGGUGCUGAACGUGGGCGGCGCCCGGUACUCGCUGUCCCGGGAGCUGCUGAAGGACUUCCCGCUGCGCCGCGUGAGCCGGCUGCACGGCUGCCGCUCUGAGCGCGACGUGCUGGAGGUGUGCGACGACUACGACCGCGAGCGCAACGAGUACUUCUUCGACCGGCACUCGGAGGCCUUCGGCUUCAUCCUGCUCUACGUGCGCGGCCACGGAAAGCUGCGCUUCGCGCCGCGGAUGUGCGAGCUCUCAUUUUACAACGAGAUGAUCUACUGGGGCCUGGAGGGCGCGCAUCUAGAGUACUGCUGCCAGCGCCGCCUCGACGACCGCAUGUCCGACACCUACACCUUCUACUCGGCGGACGAGCCUGGCGCCCUGGGCCGCGACGAGGUGCGACCGGGCGGUGCCGAGGCGGCCCCCUCCAGGCGCUGGCUCGAGCGCAUGCGGCGGACCUUCGAGGAGCCCACGUCGUCUCUGGCCGCGCAGAUCCUGGCCAGCGUGUCGGUAGUGUUCGUGAUCGUGUCCAUGGUGGUGCUGUGCGCCAGCACCCUGCCCGACUGGCGCGCCGCGGCGGCCGAUAACCGCAGCCUGGAUGACCGGAGCAGGUACUCCGCCGGCCCUGGGAGGGAGCCCUCCGGGAUAAUUGAAGCUAUCUGCAUAGGUUGGUUCACUGCAGAGUGCAUCGUGAGGUUCAUCGUCUCCAAAAACAAGUGUGAGUUUGUCAAGAGACCCCUGAACAUCAUUGAUUUACUGGCAAUCACUCCGUAUUACAUCUCCGUGUUAAUGACAGUAUUUACGGGCGAGAACUCUCAACUCCAGAGGGCUGGAGUCACCUUGAGGGUGCUUAGAAUGAUGAGGAUUUUUUGGGUGAUUAAGCUUGCCCGUCACUUCAUUGGUCUCCAGACACUUGGUUUGACUCUCAAACGAUGUUAUCGAGAGAUGGUUAUGUUACUUGUCUUCAUUUGUGUUGCCAUGGCAAUCUUUAGUGCACUUUCUCAGCUUCUUGAACAUGGGUUGGACCUGGAAACAUCCAACAAGGACUUCGCCAGCAUCCCUGCUGCCUGCUGGUGGGUGAUUAUCUCUAUGACUACAGUUGGCUAUGGAGAUAUGUAUCCUAUCACCAUGCCCGGAAGAAUUCUUGGAGGAGUUUGUGUUGUCAGUGGGAUUGUUCUCUUGGCAUUACCUAUCACUUUUAUCUACCAUAGCUUCGUGCAGUGUUACCAUGAGCUCAAGUUUAGAUCAGCUAGAUAUAGUAGAAGCCUCUCUGCUGAGUUCCUAAAUUAAUGCAUUGCAAAUCAAUUCUUGCACACACUUCGUUUGAUAGAAAGAGUUGACUCUCCUUCCUAGUCAUCAUGUGCUUCUUGCUGGGUGAGUGCUGCAGUGGUACUACCGUCCUGUUGGUAGGGUAAAAAUUACCCUUCCCAGCUGAAGGGAUGAAAAAAUGUACUGAUAAUGGAGUAAGUAGGAUUGAGACCGUGAAGGGAAAACAAUGACUCCUAGAAUAAAUUUUAGGACCUUAUUUUAUUUAUGCCUGUCUUCUUCUUGCCUUGAACAAUUACACUUUUUGUGUUUGUUUUAAAGUAUAGUAUUUGAACGUUUUAAAGCCAAAAGGUACCAUUUUCCAAAUGUUUUCCCAUCUUAUGAAAUUCAGAAGAAGCUUGGAAGUUACAGUGUUUUUUUUGUUGGAGAGUAACAUUUUUAUUUCUAAAUGUUUUAUAAUCUCUCAUAUCAAUGUCAGAAGUAUCCUGGAAACAUAUGUCACAUGCAGGAACUGUUUAACAAAUACUUUAAAAAUUUGGCCAAAUUUUAAACUGUAUAAUGGAGCUAGAUAUGAGCAAGGAUAGUAUUUGAAAAACUUUCCUAGCAUAUUUCUCAAUUCCCUGAUUUAUUUUUGUUUCUAUUAUUCACCUUAUCAUACAGCUUUGCGGAAGCUUGAGCAUGUUUUCUUUUUUCCGUUUUGGAUUUUUUUUAUCUUUUUACUGAAGUGACUCAACAGAGUAUUUCAGAAUGAGGGGAGCUUGUAUUGUUUUAGCAUUUUAUUGGAGUUCAUUUUACUUGAAUUCAUUCACUGCUGUUACUAGGUGAUAAUUGUCCUAACAUUCAGAUGUCCAAACAAGAAUAUUUCCAACAUAGGAAUGAUAAUAGAAAUAGUUUGAUAUUACAACCCAUAUUUAUCUACUUCUGCUCUUAAUUUUUUUCCGUGGGUUUAAUAAGACUUAGCAGAUGAAAGGAUGUUUAUGUAGCCUUUUUAUACCAAAGUCAUAUUUAGAUGUUGUCACGGGAUUAUCAUAAAAAGAGAAAUUAAAUAUUUCCUUACUCUUGGUUGCUAUGUAGCUAAGCCAGUUUUAAGCCAGCUAAAAGCAGUGAAUACAUAAUUGUUUGAUCUGAGCUUCACCAUGUUGAAUUGCAGCUACACCAAAACUUCUUGUAACAAUAUUGAAUAAUAUGCCACAUUAAUCUGGGUAGAUUAUUAGGAUUAGAUAAUAUAAAACUGUUGACUGUUUAGUGCUAAAAUUUAGCAAUAUGAAUUAAGAUUUUGCUUUGUUAACCAGUUGCCGUAAAGAAGUUAAUAUAUAAACACAAAAAAUUAAAGUCAUAGAUUCACAAAUAAUUUAAUGUUAUAGACUGCAAUUUAGUGGGAGUGGAGAGGGUGGGUGGAGAGGAGAUGGGGCCUGGAUAUAUUUCUUACAGAACAGAAGUGUUCAUUAAAAGACUAUUAGCUAUCAUCUAGUUCAAACGUCAACUAGCACAAGUAGACAACCAGGGCAAGAGAGGAUAUGACUGUGGAGGAAUGAGGGCCCAAACCUGGAUGUCUAAAAACCUACUUAGCCCAGCAGCUUAUUCUUAACACAUGUUUAGGGUUUGAGAAAAGCCUCAAGAAGCCACACUUCUUUGCCAUUGCCGUUGCUGGGGUAAUAAUAGCAAAACCAUUCCUUUUCCCUAAUUUCUGAGUUUAUGUGACAUUUUGGCCAUGAAAAGAAUCUCACCCCAUCUUUUUUACCAUUGCACACUGGUAUGCUGCUUAUUAUAUACUCAAAUUCUGUUAUUUACUUCUACUUAUUGUAUUUUAAUAUAUUUGAAAUAAAUGGCAUGGAUUUAUUUUUUCUUACCUAUUUUGAUUAAGGCCUUGUGGUUCAUGCGAAUAAUAUGCAGAUGAAAGCAUCCCCAUAUUACUAAUAAAAAUAUGGCAGCCAUCCAUUUUGCUGGCACUGGGAAGCCUUCAUGGAAGUAUGUCUUAUGUCCCCAAAUAAAUUAUAAUUAUCUUGAGGGCUGGGGCCCUCUUUCCGGCACACACCUUCAUAGCCCCACAGCGUCUGUGACAGAUUUGGGCACAUGCUAUCGUUGACUGAUUUGGGGGGAGAGAUUUCUGUGUGAAGAGGCAAGGAGAAGCCCACACCCACAAGUGCACAUGUAGAGCCGCAUGUGUAACACACACACAGACUUUGAGGCUGCCCUUAAGGAACAAGAAAUCUCCUGUUGGUGGUGACAGACCAAGGACGUCUAGUGCCUAAUCCAGCUACCCAUUUACUAAGAAUGGUGAUAAGAAAUUAUAGAAUACUUCAUGAGUUAAGAGACUAUAUCAUGGACAUUGUAAUUUUUGAGGAACAGAGGCGUUUUUCUUGAAACUUUUCCCUGAAAUGUUACUGCUUUUAAAAAAGUCAUUCAGUAGGACGAUUUUUUAGUUGUGCAUUUGGACAUUUCUCAUAACUCCAUCGUCACAGCACAGAUACUUUCAUUAGGAUCUGUGUUAAUACCAGUAAGUCAGAUGUUAUCCUAAAUUAUUAGAAUGCUCAGUGAGGAAAGAGGAAACCCGAAUGUUGGUUCUGGUUUUACCACAUGUGAGAUUGUAACUUAAUCUUAGGUAUAUCUUGUUUUGUAUCCUCUAAGAUGGUGGGUUUUUUUCCAGAUUAAAGAUACAAAUUACAGAAUGCCUUUAAAAGCGAACAUACUCUUAACAAUCCAAGACCUUAUUUAUCUUUUUCUUUUAUGGCUCUUUUGUACUGUGGGUUGCUGGUUGAAACUGGCAUUUGCAUUUGCUUGGCUCUUGGUUUUCGCAGUUACUUGUCACCACACAUUUGUAAGUUCUUCCUUUCUUAAAAAAUGUAGAAAUAGUUCUUUCACAGUGGCUGUCAGUAAGUCAAAGUAGUAUUCUGUUUUUAAGUUUGGGUCCAGAUGUCUUCCUUAGGUCUCCUGUGACCUGGGAGGUGGGGAAGAUGGGGUUACAUUGGAUAUUGGUGUUGGAAGGAUUUCCUUUGUUGGCUUGAUAUUUUCUAAAAGCAGCUUAUUUUUCCUCUUUGUUAUAGAAAUGAAAAAUAAAAAACUGAAACCUCCUAGUUGUGCUUCACUAUUAAGCUUCUGUAACCCCAAACUUCAUACAUAGCUUCACAAAAUAUUUCCAGAGCUCUCUGAUCCUACAUAAAUGUACAUUCACUUAUAGUAUGCAACAUACAGUCCAAACAAAUAUGGUGUAAAUAUUUCAUAGCGUGACAGUAAAUUAGAACUAAAGGGCCCUAGGGGUCAGUUAAGCAUCCGACUUCAGCUCAGGUCAUGAUCUCAUGGUUUGUGGGUUUGAACCCCACAUCAGGCUCUGUGCUGACAGCUCGGAGCCUGGAGCCUGCUUCGGAUUC